UUAGUUGACGAUCGACAUCUCAAAAGGCGAAACUCGAAAGAGCUGCAACAACCCCCCACAGAUUCACGACCACUCGACAUCUCUAAAAGCAAAACUCAGAACGAGCGCGCAACAAAUCCAACAAGCUCACAACCUCGAAGAACAAACAAAAGACAAGUCCCAAAAUGGCAGCCACCCGUACCCAAGACUUCGCCGCCCAAACCCCCUCGCCCUCCUCCGAGUCCCAGCACCAGCAGCCGCCCCGCGGCCUCAGCCGCAUCUUCCUCCACCCCAUGCUCCAGCAGCACCUCGACACGCACCCGCCGCCGCCGCGCCGCGCAAGGCCGACGCCCCCCAUGUCGCCGACCUCGUCGUCGCUCUCCGCCUUUUCCUCGCCGCACCCGUCGCCGACUACGUCGACCGCGGCGUCGGCGGGCGGGAGCAAGUGAAUCGCGUUUUCGCGGUGCCAACGCGCUGGAGGCUAUGGCGCAGAGGACGUCCGUCUGGGGAUUUGUCCACGUUUUCGACAAGGACGCAGGACAGGGAAGAAAAGGGAACAAAGACCAGGCGUUGAGGCACCGUUUAAUUGAGUUUGCGGCGGCGAAACGACCGCAAAGCGCAGGGGAAUUGGAACGUAGCGCGGCGUACGGGGACUGGGACGGCGUUGCUUCACAUCGCGGCAGACUUUCUAUGCGCCGCCAGCAAGCUUUAGGACGAGUUUGGGAAGACUGGGACACAUCGG